AUGAUGGCCGGAGCACCAGCUAGGAUGGGCUUUCUCUGGAGCCUGGCGCUGCCCCUUUUCUUCUGCUGCUGGGUGGCCGGGGCCCUCGGGAGCACUGCAGGCCCCAGCACCAGCAGACCAGGCCCUUUGGUGACCAUGAACCACACAGAAGUGCCUGCUGUGACUCCAGCGCUCAGGACAAGCUCAGAGGGAGUCUUCCAGACUACCGACCUCGCCGAGACCUCUGGACCAAGCCACGUCCCUCUGGAAACUCAAAUCCUGAGCACCCAGACCUCUGAGAGGACCUUAAUCCCGGGCAGCACCAUUUCAGAAGCAGAGACCGGGGAAACCAAGGCCAUUUUUCUUGCAACAGAGACCAGGGCCCUCACAAAAAUAACACCUUCCAAGUUCAUGGUUGUGAUCACCACUCCUGUGGAGACAUCAGCCACAAGUGACAACCCCACAGGAAGAACUGGAAUGACCGCAGUGCAGACUGUCAUAGGCAGUGAUCUCUUGAGAGCUGCUGUUGACACCCUUUGUUCUGAUGACAGCUCUGAAGAGGCAAAGAGGAUCACACCUGAUGUCUUGACAUUGGCUCGCGCCCCCGCAGAAGCCGAGGCCCUGGCCUUGAAGGACAGUGCCUUCUCUGCCGGCUCAGUUCCAGCCACCACCACCUCACAAGCCCUUGUACCUGACACCACAGCUCCUGCUAAAGCCUUAGUUGCCUCCGCCAACACUGACAUUGAGGUUACCAGUGGCAGCGAUAUAGAAAUUGAAACAACUGCCACCAUCCCUGGGACCUCAGACGUAGAUCACAGCCCCACAGGAGGAAAGGCCCUGUCCACCCCUGAGAUGUCAGCUUUGCCCAACUCCACUGAAGCAAAAUCACACCUCACUGAGCCCACAACCUCGGCGGAGACCUUGUCUACAGCUGGUGCCACAGAAUCAGCCACACCUGAUACCACAGUUGAGACCCCAUUCACUGCUAAUAGCACCACAGAAGGAGCAACAACAGCAGCCAAGGCCACCAGCCCCAGUGGAACUUUGGCAACAUUCAGCAUGAAUCCCUGGGAAGAAAUCUCAGUCCUCUCUGCUGAUACAACAAGCCACACUGAGGUCUCAGGAACACUUACAAUGUCCACAGAGGCUGGGUCAACAGUGGGCAAAGUGACUUCCCCUGCCACGGUUUACAGCCUCUCUGAAGCAGCCACCAUCAAGAGCUCCACCCGCUCAGAGACCUCUACCACAGACAGCACAACCAAUGGGCCCAUCCCCAUCAGCUGCCUCUCUGAAGUAGCCACCGUCAAGACGUCCACCCCCUCAGAGACUUCUACCACAGACAGCACAACCAAUGGGCCUGUCCCCAUCAGCAGCCUCUCUGAAGUAGCCACCGUCAAGAGCUCCACCCCCUCAGAGACUUCUACCACAGACAGCACAACCAAUGGGCCCAUCCCCAUCAGCAACCUCUCUGAAGUAGCCACCAUCAUGAGCUCCACACCCUCAGAGACUUCUACCACAGACAGCACAACCAACGUGCCCAUCCCCAUCAGCAGGAGCCCUCUUUCUUCUGUCCAUCUGACUACAGCCUACAGCAGCCAAGAAACAAACAUCACCUUAGCCAAGACCACAGCCUCAGCGAAAACCUUGAAGACAGCCAGCACCGCCAGAGGGAAGCCCCCAACAGCCAUGCCCCCUACUGCUCAGACAAGGUGGACCACAGAAGUUACUGCAGGUGGGGAUGGAGGCUUCCUCCUCCUGCGGCUAAGUGUGGCUUCCCCAGAAGACCUCACUGACCCCAGAGUGGCAGAGAGGCUGAUGCAGCAGCUCCGCCGUGCACUGCAGGCCCACACGCCUCCCAGCCAAGUCUCCCUGCUGCGAGUCAGGAGAGGCUGAGGAAC